CAGCGUGCAUCUGUGCUACUUGUGAGUAAAAGAAGCUUACAAUUGGCACCCAACAAAAAGAAAAGAACAGACAAGCUGCGAUGUCGUCACCAAGCCCAAUGGAAGCGCUGGGGCAGCUGUGGGCAGAAAUAUACCGCAAAUCUUCGGCAGAUGGUGGCGGUGCAAGGCCAAAUCGCGCAGCAGAGCCAGAUUCUGCAGAUGAUGUCAGAAAGGUCCGGAGCGGGAACACACGCUACAGACGGCAGUAGGCAUGCACGGGAUGGCGGAAACAGAAGACCCCCACAGUUUCCUGAACAUGUUUGAGGUCACAGCCAAGUCUUGCGGCAGGCCGGAGGAGGAGUGGGCGGUACGGCUGCUACCGUUGUUGGUGGGAGAGGCGCAGCGAGCGGGGCCCAUCCUGCCACCAGCGUCCCGGGUGAGCUACCGGGACAUGAGGAGGGCAGUGUUGGACCGGACGGGAGGAUCCAAAGAGGACUAUCGACUAAAGUUUGGAAGCAUGAAACUCGAUCAAGAUCAGCGGCCUGUCGUCCUGGGCCAACAGCUGACAGAUGCGGAAACCAGAUGGCAGCAACCCGGAAGAAAAGAAGAGGUAAUCGAAAAAGUGAUCUUGGAACAAUUCCUGGAGGUGAUCCCGGCGCGGACGUCAGCAUGGGUCCUUUACCACCGGCCACAAGGGCUAGCAGCGGCAGUAGCCUUUGCGGAGGACCACCUGGCGGUACAACGGGAGAAGGCUGCAGGAGGAGCGGAGCGGCCAGUACCGGUGCCGGGCAGAGUGCGGCCACCACCAGCAGAGGGAGCCCAGCCGUGGUCCAGGCCACGAAACAUAAAUAUGCUUUCUCCUCCGCAGGGCCCGGCCGCGGCAGACACUGCGUUUCUCCCGCAAAUAGCACCUCGAAUGCCGGGGCAGGUGUGCUGGAGGUGCGGACGGCUAGGUCACCUGCAACAGGAGUGUCCAGCGAUGGUGGUGGGGCAGUGUCUCAAAGGGCUGCACAAACCACAACACAAUGCACUACGAGAUCCUCGGUGGGCCCACAUAAGGGCAAGGAAAACUCACACCCAGUGGGACGUCGGUGACAAUGAUGACUAUGAGAACCUUGGAGAGGACGAAAGCAAUGGAUGUCGAGCGCGUCUAACAUGAUACUGUGAAAGUUCAAUCCAUAAUGGAACCAACACAGCCGCGAGAGUCCAGUCCAAAGCGGAUCCAACACAGCAGCGAGAGUCCCGUUCACAGCGGAGCCAGCAGGAAAUCAUCCCAAGCGGAGGCAGAUCAGCAGCGCAGGGAUUUCCCAAGCCGAUACACAGGCAAGCCUUCCAUCCUGGGUCCCGACUCUGGACGAGCGGUCCAUCCUGGGUCCCGAAUCUGGACAGCCAGUACGUCAUCCAUGGCCACCGGAUCGGACCGGACCCCCUCCACAAGGGAGAGUGGGACAUAGGAGAAAAAGAAAAGAAACGGCAAAUUAACUGGUCUAAAAAGGGAGUCCCUUUAAAGGCUAGCGUAUACAAAUGAGUUUUAAGGUGAGACUUAAAUGUUUCUAAUGUUACCGAGAGGGCAUUCCAGAGUACUGGAGCCCGAAAUGAAAACGCUCUAUAGCCCGCAGACUUUUUUUGGGCUUUGGGAAUCACUAAUAAAUCGGAGUCCUUUGAACGCA